UUCCCUUGCUAUUAGAGGGCUAUAGAGGGCACGAGAAAUAGAAUCACAAGUGGACUAGCUUUUCGAGAGAGGAUACCCACACCGGCCGGCUCAAUUGCCAUGGCCGUUAACAACUCUACAACACUCCAACAGGCGAGCCACAUCGAGGUCUCCUUUCCAGUAUUUGCCGUGACUAUUACUUCUUGUGGGUUGUCCACACUCGGCUCCCUAGUUCAAAUUAUCACAUAUUAUUUAUGGAGGGACUUGCAAAUUCCAUCGCGCAAACUACUGGUCUUUAUUGCGGUUUCUGAUUUGUGCACUGCUCUGUCUCUUGGACUAGGAGCUGUUAUGGAUUUCCACGAGACGUCCUCACUAUGUCUAGUACAAGCGUUCGUAUCCACGUAUUUCAGCGCUAGCUCGUUGUUUUGGAUGAGCUCGCUGAUGGUGUAUGUACUUGUCACGGUUGUAACCGUAGACCCAGAGAAAGCAGGCAAAUUAAUCAAGUAUUUCCACGUACUAUGUUGGAGUAUUCCUGCGUUAAUGUGCAUAUCAGCGCUGCUAUACAGCGGCUUCGGAGAGACGGAUAACACCUUGUCUACAGGCUGGUGUUGGGUCAAGUAUCGUCCUUCCGAUACAUGGAUGUUAUUUUGGAUAUUGGUGACGCAGAAGCUAUGGGAGAUGUCUGCAUAUAUUGGCCUAGUUGCCCUCUGCAUCGCCAUUAAAAUUAACAUACAAAUCAAGUGCGCUGCUCGGAGCAGGCGAGAAAUCAUCCCAAAGGGUACAGCAGUGGCCAUGCAGAAAUUCAACAAAAAAGUGUUUUUCGUCCCGUUCUUGUUUAUACUACUGAGGGUAUGGGGCACCGUGAGAGCAAUACUAGCAUUACAACAGUCACGCUAUCAGCACAGUCAGCUCCUGAUGGCGUUACAGGGUGCUGGCGACACUGGACAAGGUUUCGUGAACUUCAUAUUAUUUUGCGUGUGUACGGCAAGAACUAGACAUAUUAUCUCCUCUGAGCUUACCGAUUCUUUUAACCGGUCAUACACAUGGUUAACGUCUUGGAGAAUAAAGGCACAGAACAGCGAAAGGAAACCUCUGCUGAGGAAUAACUCAAAUAGAAGGAUGCAUGGCGGUUUAUACGAACGCGUGUCUUACAGCGCGACGUCAUGGGAGAGAGAGGAAGUUUAAUGAAGGAGAGGUAUAGCUUUUCUUGAUUACUUAACAAGGGGCUACGUUAAAGAUUACACCAGUCGUCGAUAUCUUUAAGGUAGAAAAAAUAACAUUAAUUCAACAACGAUAAUCAGUCUUUGAAGUUUUUAGUAAACACAGUAACACAAUGACUUAAUAAAAUAAGAAAUAAUUAUAUUUGA